AUGCGACAGACACGGAGUGCAACAAGAGCUAUGGAGAAUACGAUCGGUCAAGAUUCGGAAUUGCGUGCUUCGUCGUUCUCCAGUGUACAGCCAACGACGCAUCAGCAGCCUGCCAGGAGCUCCGUGGUGGGUGGUCAUAGUGACCACGGUGAAUUACCGCCAUUGGAGGUGACAUCGGUUUCAGCGCACACAGUGCGCGCGCCGUGCAGUGUUAGCCACGCGUCGACAAGACUUAGCCGGGCAAGCCGCGAAGCACUAAGAAUGCGUGUCGAAUAUGAGGCGGAGGUCGAGAUGGCUAAGGUAAAGGAAACCUUAAUAAAGAAGAAGCUAGCACUCGACAUGGCGGAACUAGCAGCAAAGGAAGACGAAGAGAACAAUGCGCCGGCGAGCGUCGCAAGCGGUGAGAAUUCACCACGUGCUACGAGCUGGCUUAACGACGCGCCUGCCGGCCCCCGCGCGUUCAAGCGCCCUGCGCACCACGGCACCACGUGGUUACCUGCCACCCCGACACGUGGGCCCCAGGAAGAACAGAAAAAUGCGUCGGCGAGCGUCGCAAGCGGUGAGAAUUCACCACGUGCUACGAGUUGGCUUAACGACGCGCCUGCCGGCCCCCGCGCGUCCAAGCGCCCUGCGCCUGGCGUCCACACGUGGUUGCCUGCAACACGUGCGCUCGAACCCACGUCAUCGCAGCCACCACCCCAAGCAUCACCAAAUAGGCAGUUUCAAACUAUAUAA